AUGCCCGACGCGAUCCGGAGCGACGGGGAAUCUGUCGGGGAUUCCGACGUGUCCGACGUGGACGAUGAGGAAGAACACCACUUCGACCUCGCGGCUUUUGAGCGCUACUUCCGGCAACGCGAAAUGAUAGAGAACGAGCUGGCCCGCGUGCGAGAAUUGCUCAGAACGCCGCCUCCCGAGCCCAGCAGCUCGGCGCCGCGGAAUUCGCCGGCGAGAAGUGAUGCGACAGAAGAGUCGGAAACGGACGAGGAUGAGUCGAUCCCGAUCGACUACGACUCCGCAUCAUCCGACACGAGCGAUAGCUAUUACGAGCCGGUGAUGGGGGCGCCCAGGACUAGCCGGAUCAUCGCAAUCGGACGUCGUGCUCACGAACUUGCCGCAACGAACCUGAGCCCGGCCGAACAAGCCGAGAUUCUCGCCGCCGAAUUCCCG